AUCAAAAUAAUAAUACUUUUAGUUUUAUUUCAUCAGCAAGAAUGCUGUCUCAAAAAGCAUCGAAAAUAUUACAAAGGGCGAGUCUGCGAAAUACCUUUUGCGGUUCUCCUAGUCGGUGCAUAAAUAGUUUGGCCAGGGGAAAUAGGCAAUCGCUCUCCAGAUUAUCUAACACAUCGCGACUAGAGGGUCGCUUUUGUGGCAGUGUCACAAAAUACAACUUCCUGGGGCAGAAUUAUGGUGUGCCAAAAUAUUUUCACUGUUCAGCCAUAUUAGGAAAUGAUAUAAGGACUGUCAGUACACCACCAUUUCCUGAUUCUGUUGCAGAGGGAGAUAUCAGUUGGGAGAAAGCUGUUGGAGAUCAAGUAGAGGAAGAUGAAGUAAUAGGAGAAAUUGAAACUGAUAAGACAGCGUUACCUGUGAGUUCUCCGGUAGCAGGGGUAAUUGUUGAGCUGCUUGUUGCUGAUGGCGACACGGUAGAAAAGGGACAAGAAUUAUGCCGAAUUGAUGCUUCAGGUGGAGGUGCUGCACCAUCUAAACCAACAGAAGCACCAGCAGCGGAAGCACCAGCAGCAGAAAAACCAGCCCAAGCGGAGGCACCACCAACUCAGCCAACUCCCGAAAAAGUUGAACGAGAAAUUCCAACCACGCCUCCACCAGUUCCAGAGAUGCCUAAAGAACCAUUAAAGACGGUGAAACCAACACCACCCCCCAUACCAAUCACUGCUAGUCAGCCUGCACCAAGCACAACUGGAGUGAGAAGUGAGACCAGAGUGAAAAUGACUCGUAUGAGGCAAAGAAUUGCAGGAAGACUUAAAGAAGCUCAGGACACAGCGGCCAUGUUGACAACAUUCAAUGAAGUUGAUAUGAGCAAUAUUAUGGAAAUGCGAAAACAGCAUAAAGAUUCCUUCCUCAAGAAACACAACGUCAAACUUGGAUUCAUGUCAGCAUUUGUGAAAGCAUCGGCCCAUGCAUUGCAGGAGAUACCCGUGGUAAACGCAGUGAUCGAUGACGAUGAUAAUCAAAUCAUUUAUAGAGAUUAUAUUGAUAUCAGUGUAGCAGUUGCCACUCCAAAGGGUCUGGUUGUCCCCGUGAUUCGCAAUGUGGAGGCGAUGAAUUUUGCUGACAUAGAGAAAACCAUUAACUCUCUUGGGGAAAAGGCACGUGACGGUAAUCUUGCUAUUGAAGAAAUGGAUGGUGGUACUUUCACGAUAUCAAAUGGUGGAGUUUUCGGCUCUUUGAUGGGGACACCGAUAAUCAACCCUCCACAGUCCGCAAUCCUGGGCAUUCAUGCGAUCAACGAUAGGCCAGUUGCUAUUAAUGGAAAGGUUGAAAUUCGACCAAUGAUGUACCUCGCGUUAACAUACGAUCAUCGUUUGAUUGAUGGGAGAGAGGCAGUGACAUUCUUACGUAAAAUAAAGUCUACGGUUGAGGAUCCAAGGACUAUAUUGCUAGAUCUUUAACAGAGCUGAUCUGCCUGAUCUGGGAACUGAAAUACCCAGAUUUAUUGUUAACGAAUGCGCGAGCCCUGCUGGGCAGCGUUUUUACUGAACUAUUUUAAGUGUUCACUCUAAAAACUGGAGUAUAAAAUGAUCAUUAUACCAUAUCAUGGUUGCUUGGAUGUAAUGGAUUAUUUGUAAUAGUACACUUGUGUUCAG